AUGAGUCAGGAAUAUUUCCCCGGCAAAGGCGGCUCCUCUGCCGGCGAGGGGUCGUCCAGACGCCCACCCGACGAGAGACCAGAAGAAAGUCCAUUUGCCCCCCGACUCCCGCCCUCGUAUAUGACCGUUGGAAAUGGCUCGACCUCGGAGAGCGCCACCGCUCUGAUGAAUUCGUUGCAUGCGGACUCGGGGUAUGGCGGUAGUGUUGCGGAUGGAGAAUCCAGCGCAGCUUGGAGAUCUGAUUUGAUGGUGGAUAGACCAACGCCUGCGCAUACUCCUACGCGUCCUGGAGAAUGGAAUCCAACCGCUGAGCACGAGAAGCAGAUUGUUGCCAGCCAUGUGCACCAGCUACUAUAUAACUCGAAUCGGACUAAGCUUGCGCGCGCGAUUUCCCGGACCAUCGAAACACUGAAAGAGCUUCAGGAUAUGAACCGCCAAUGGCCCGCCCAUUACCCUUCCGUGCAGAACAUUCCCGACUCCCCUUCGGACCGUCCCUCGUUACACCAGAGUCAGUCAUUCUUUGGAGACGCUGCUCAUCACGAUGAUUUGUCUCGGCCUGGAGCUCUGAGACGUGCCGCCACCAUGCCUGCGAACGAGGAACUUGCGGAAUCUAGCGCUACCGCCGAACGUCGAGCGCCGCCGGAACCAAGAUUGAUGAGCCCGCAGAUUGCGCAAGAAUUCUCGAUCCUGAAGCUAGACUUGAAAUUGGGAGCGCUGUCGCAAGCCGAACUUGUACAUUCUUUGGAGAAGUCAUCAAUCGCAUCGCUGCUGGAUGGAAAGAUUGGACAAAGUAUCAAGCAUCUCCUCUCGCUACGGGACAGGAUUGAGGAUAUUUCCAGCAAAGUCUUGAUUACUGGAGACCUGAACGCAGGAAAGUCGACGUUCUGUAACGCUUUGUUACGUCGCAAGGUACUACCUGAAGACCAGCAACCCUGCACAAGCAUCUUUUGCGAGGUCCUGGACGCUCGGGAAAAUAGUGGACUUGAGGAAGUGCAUGCCGUGCACAAGGACCGCCACUACAACCGCAACGAUGAAACUACCUAUGACGUAUAUGCCCUAAGCGAACUCGAGAAUAUCGUUAUCGACAACACGAAGUACAUGCAAUGCAAGGUUUACGUGAAGGACGUGCGAACCAUUGAUGAAUCUCUGCUUAACAAUGGUGUCGUCGACAUUGCUUUGAUUGAUGCGCCAGGUCUCAACUCUGAUUCCUUGAAGACCACAGCCGUCUUCGCUCGCCAGGAGGAGAUUGACGUGGUAGUAUUCGUCGUUUCGGCUGCCAACCAUUUCACACUCUCAGCCCAGGACUUUAUCUGGAAUGCUGCACACGAAAAAGCCUACAUGUUUAUGGUCGUCAACGGUUUCGAUCAGAUUCGCGAUAAACAGCGGUGUCAGCGCAUGAUCCUGGAUCAGAUCAAGAAGUUGAGUCCCCGCACAUACAAGGAGGCUGCUGAACUCGUGCACUUCGUCUCUAGCAAUGCCGUUCCUGUUGCACCGCAAAUUCCUGCUGGGGGUCCCGGUGGAGGUGGCGGUGGCGGAGGAUCAGAUCCUAAUGGAAACGAUUGGCCGAGCGGUGACGAUGACGAGGACAAAUCUGAUGGCAAGAAGGGUAAAGGAAAGGAGAAAGAGAGGGAAAAGAUACAAGACUUCGAAAACUUAGAGAGCUCCUUGCGGCGAUUUGUGCUCGAAAAACGGUCACGCUCGAAACUGGCCCCUGCUCGGACCUAUCUCCUCAACCUUCUCACAGACAUCAACGCCUUGGCCGCUGUGAAUCGUGACAUCGCGGACAACGAGCUUCAGACCGUCUUGAAGGAGUUGGCCGAUCUUGAGCCUGCUUACGAGAAUGGCAAGAAGAAGAAGAUCGAGCUGCAGGAAGAAGUGGACAAGUGCAUCGAUGAUUCCUGCGACGACGUUUACAAGCACACACGGACAACCUUGACCAAUGCAAUCACAAAUGUCUCCGAGGCUAAUCUGGGUGUUGAGUAUCCCGGCAUCUUUUCUGCAUUCCAGUACGCUGAGGAUCUGAAAUUCGCCAUGCUUGACCAUAUCUCUGCGUCGGUGGAGGGGUGUGAGGAUUAUGCUCGCACAAAGACAGCUCAGGGCGUUGGUUUCAUCCAGAACCUUGGCUUGUUGCAUAUCGGAGAAGAUAAAUUUACCGCCCCUACUUUCCGCGCGGACUUGAUGUUCCGUCGUGGCCGCCGUCAUGCCCUUGCGCGACAGGUCGACACGGAAGUUGAGCUCUUGGAUUUCUUCGAUAUCUCUGGUCUCUGGGAAAGGCAGGAGAAGCUGGCUGGAACAGGCAUGGCCAUGACGGCUGUUACCGUUCUUGGUGGUAGGGCUUUUGGUGGUAUCAGCUGGGUUGAUAGCGCGUUCAGUGCUGUUAAAUUCCUCGGACCGAACAACAUGCGACGUCUCCUUCUCCCUGGUAUCCUAGCUGCUGCUGCUCUCACCGCGGCCUAUGUGCUCUCCACAAUUCCCCAGACCCUUCCACCUCGGCUUUCACGCAAGAUCGCCGCCACUCUUUCAGAAAUGGACUAUGUCCACUCCAACUCUACCCGGAUAUCAUCUGAGGUUCGCCGUAUCCUUCGUCUGCCCGCCGGUAAUCUCCAGAACUCCCUGGCCCAGGAUGUCGAAGACCUCGGGCGACGCAAGCAGGAGGUCAGCAAGACGAAGCAGGAGAGCGAGGUUGCCAGCAAGUACUUCGCCAACCUGUUCCGCGAUAGCACCAACAACAGGACAUCUGUCGAGAACAUUGAUCUUGAUGGCCCGUUGCCUGGUGGACUCGGUGCCUACGAGGCCUGA